AUGGCAUUGGCAAACAUUACGUGUACAACUACGGGAUAUGACAACACAAAUGAAACUGGAAUUACUCCUCCUGGGAUUACCUCCAAUGAACUGCUCAAUUGGGCAAAUUUUAUAGCAUUUAUAAAGAAAUUGGACUUAACAAUGAAAGUCAUAUUAAUUGUUAUCAUCAUAUUUACAACUUUGGGAAAUACGUUGGUUUUGAUUGCGACCUGGAGAGAAAGAGGUCUUCAUCAACCAAAUAAAUAUUUCAUCGCUUGUCUGGCUGUCGCUGAUUUUUUGAGCAAAGGAAUUCUGGCUACUGGGCUCUGCCCUCAUUAUUUCCAGGAAUAUAAUCGAAUCUACGAGCGACAAAUAAUGUUACGAAAUGGCGAACUGGGACAAACAUCGGCUAACCUCAGCAAGCAAACUGCCACUCUUCGACACGAUAUGAAAGUGUUUCGGAUGUUGGUGAUCAUUAUGGGAGUAUUUAUAGUUUGCUGGAGCCCUUGGUUUAUUGGGUUCGUGCUCUUAAAUAACUUUAUAGAUUUAAAUUGCUUGUUUUACAAGUCUAAUAGCUACUGGUAUCGGAACUACACAAUUUUUUUCGUAGCAAACACCCUCCCACUACUCAACAGUCUUUGUAAUCCAAUCAUUUAUGCUUGGCUGGAUCAAAAGUACAGAGAAGCUUUCAAAAAUUUGUUUAAGCAAGUAAUCUGUCGGUUUGGAACGAGAAUGAGAUAA